CUUGGUGCUCCCGAUCCAACCGCGUCCGGAAUUUGGAGUGUGUACUUGUAUGUGUGCGUGCAUGUGCGUGUGUGUGUGUGUGUGUUUGACGGUGCUUUGAAAGAUUGUAGCGAGCAGGAAGGCCACAAGGUGCGUGUACGCAACAGUUGGACGUUUAUUUGUGCGUUUGCAGGCGUGAAAGAAAAAAAACAGUCCAUAACGUCUAAUCGUGUGUAGGCAUCAUUUUGAAAUGUGUCCUUGGUGCGAUUGAACUUUUUGUUUUGACGAUUGAGUGCUGCCGCCUUCCCUCUGUGGCUUGCUUCUCCACGGUGACAAAAACGCGAACGAAAGCAGGCAAAAGAAGAACCAGAGAGAGAGAGAGAGAGAGACAGAGAGAGAGGCAAAACAGAAUGGAUCGCGAAAAGAACGACACCUCGUCGAACUCGGGCAUCGCAGGAGGCUUUGCCGGGUGCAUCACGCGCUUCAUCUGCCAGCCGCUGGAUGUGCUGAAGAUCCGGUUCCAGCUGCAGGUGGAGCCACUGAGCGAGCAGCACGUCACGUCCAAGUACCGCACGAUCGUGCAGUCGACCCGCCUGGUGUACCGGGAGGAAGGGCUGCGAGCGUUCUGGAAGGGCCACAAUCCGGCCCAGGUCCUGUCGAUCAUUUACGGCGUGGCGCAGUUCUCCUCGUACGAGCGGUUCAACCAUCUGCUGCGCACGGUCGACACGUUUGAGCGGCACCAGAGCGGCCGGAACUUUGUGUGCGGUGCGCUGAGCGGUACGUUCGCAACCGUGAUCACGCUGCCGCUGGACGUGGUGCGCACGCGGCUUAUCUCGCAGGAUCCGGGCCGGGGGUACCGCAGCUCGGUGCAGGGCCUGAAGCUCAUCUACCGGCACGAGGGCGUGCGCGGGCUGUACCGGGGGCUCGGCCCGAGCGUGCUGCAGAUCGCGCCGCUCACUGGCGGCCAGUUCAUGUUUUACAACAUCUUCGGCAGCAUGUUCCGGCAGUACUUUAACAUUAGCGCGAGCGAGACGCUGCCGGCGAUCGAGCUGUUCAUCUGCGGCGGGAUGGCCGGCCUCUGCACCAAGCUGCUGGUGUACCCGCUCGAUCUCGCUAAGAAGCGGCUGCAAAUACAGGGCUUCGCCAAGAGCCGCCAGACGUACGGGCGGCACUUUGUGUGUGAUAACAUGUUCAACUGUCUGUACAACAUCGCCAAGCAGGAGGGCGCGAUAGGGCUGUACAAGGGGCUGUAUCCGGCGCUGCUGAAGGCGUGCUUCAUGUCCGCGUUCUACUUCGCGAUCUACGACGAGAUGGUGCUCAUCCUGAACCACUGAUAUUAGGCGUUCACCCGUGUGUGGGCUUCACAUCGCGGGCUGCCGAUAUACUACUGUAGACGAGAUUGUCACGACGUUGUCUUCAUUUUCCAACCCUCCACACUCCCCCCAUCCAUUCAUCUGGAAAUCCGGCAUGGAACUCCAAUGGAACUUCCACCCCACGAGGACUUGUCUUCCAGUGUCUAUCAGCAAGUGCUUAAACGCGUUCAAUGAUAGCUAAAAAACGAGUCGGAAACGAGCUCCCGCGAAAUGUAGAGAACGCUUUGCAUGUAUCGUGUGCGCGUACAUCCGUAUUUGUAGUGUUAGUAGCCCCAUCCCCACACCCAGUUGCAUCAGAUUCGCGCCCAGUGUCGGUUAGAGAGAAAUUGAAAAAAAAAAGAAAGUUCCUUCCAACGACGGAG